UUACGUUCAGUGACUACAGAUCCGCCUCCUGAUGUCCUUGUGAGCCGCGUUGGAGAUCUGGAAGAUCAGUUAAGUGUACGUUGGGGCAGUCCUCCUGCCCUGAAAGACUACCUGUUUCAGGCCAAGUAUCAGAUACGAUACCGUGUGGAGGACAGCGAUGAAUGGAAGGUCAUAGAUGAUGCUGGGAACCAGACGUCUUGUCGGCUAGCGGGUCUCAGGGCCGGUACAGUGUAUUUCGCCCAGGUACGCUGCAACCCGAUAGGCGUCUACGGCUCGAAGAAAGCAGGCAUUUGGAGCGACUGGAGCUACUCGACUGCCGCAUCGACACCUGGCAUCGACAGGUCACAUAUUGGCUCAUGCGAUUCGAAGCCCAGUGAGCACAACUCAACACUACGAAAGGAGCUCAAGCAGUUUUUCGGCUGGAUGCGCAAACACUCUUACGGCUGUACAGACGUCAGCAUCAAACUCUACGACCAAUGGCGCGUCUGGCUGCAGAAAGCCCAGAAAACGCACGACCAGGUCAGUAAGGACAAAGCGUACCUCCUUCUGCGACACAUAUCAAGACAGCAAAUCAUUACCGUUGGCACACAUGAUAUAGGGCCUGUGUGA